UCUCCACCCCUCAGUAUCACAGAGGCAAGCUUUGGACAAGUUCACAACUAAUCUAAAUACUGUAGGAGCCAAAGCCUGCAGCUCUGACUUUAGGUCAGCUCUACAACAGUUUACCCGGAGAAAGUUGUGUUUUACUCCAGUGAUAUUUUCAGGUUUGGAAAUCACCAUGGUUCAUAGCAUAGACAUGGAGAAGCAACAGACGCGUUACUGCAUCCGCUGUAAGCAUGUAGUCAUCAUCUGUGUGAUGCUGGUGGUGUGCGCUCUGGCAGUGGUCCUCGGUGUGGUCCUCUCCAGGUCAGACACUAACACCGCCCCCACCCCCUCCACACCAGCUCCCACAGCAGAGGCUACCCAGCCCCCUCCACCUGGCAGAGGGCCCUGCAUGCCUUCCUCUGACUCCAGCGGGGACUGGAGGGAUUUCCGUUUGCCCAGCUACGUGAACCCAGUACACUAUGAUCUGCACCUGGAGCCAGACCUGGUCGAGGAAACCUACACAGGCACCGUGGACAUCCACGUCAAAGUCAGCAAGCCUACCCGCCACCUGUGGCUGCACAUUAGGGAGACGUUUGUCAGCGCCAUGCCCAGGCUAAGGAUGCUAAACAGCCAGUUGGCCCAGAGGGAAGUGGCAGUGAGGAGUUGUUUUGAAUACGGGCCUCAGGAGUAUGUGGUGGUGGAGGCCACAGAGGAGCUGCAAGUCACUGGCCCAGGAGAGGAGUACGUGCUCAGCCUGGACUUCCAAGGCUGGCUCAAUGGCUCUGUGGUGGGAUUCUACCGGGUCAUCUACACCGAGAACGGGGUAACUAAAAAGAUUGCUGCGACUGAUCAUGAGCCAACAGAUGCUCGCAAGUCCUUUCCCUGCUUCGAUGAACCCAACAAGAAGGCCACCUUCAAAAUCUCCAUCACUCAUGAUGCUAACUAUGAAGCUCUGUCCAACAUGCCGCCUGAGAGUGCCCCUCAAGAACUGCCUAGCAAUAAAAAGAAGACCUCCUUCGAGAAGUCGAUUCCAAUGAGUACCUAUUUGGUAUGUUUUGCUGUGCACCAGUUCAGCUAUGAGGAGAGAAUUUCUGCCCGAGGAAUUCCUUUGAGAAUCUACGCCCAGCCAAGUCAGUUAGGAACCGCAGUAUAUGCAGCCAACACAACCAAGGUCAUCUUUGAUUACUUUGAGGAGUAUUUCAACAUGACGUACUCCAUCUCAAAACUGGAUAAGAUUGCCAUCCCUGACUUUGGUACUGGUGCCAUGGAGAACUGGGGCCUCAUCACCUACCGAGAGACCAAUCUGCUGUACGAUGAGAACCAGUCAUCUUCCUACAACAAGCAGCGAGUGGCCAGUGUUAUCGCCCACGAGCUUGUUCACCAGUGGUUUGGGAACAUUGUGACUAUGGAUUGGUGGGAUGACCUCUGGCUUAAUGAGGGCUUUGCCAGUUUCUUCGAGUACAUCGGUGUGGAGAAAGCUGAACCAAGCUGGGGCAUGCGAGACGUCAUGCUCAUCAGUGAUGUGUUUCCUGUCAUGGUGGACGACGCUCUCCUCUCCUCUCACCCGAUCAUUGUGAAUGUGUCGACACCAGCAGAGAUUACCUCUGUGUUUGAUGGUAUCUCAUACAGCAAGGGAGCAUCCCUUCUCAGGAUGCUGGAGGACUGGAUGGGUAAAGACAUGUUCAGAGACGGCUGUCGAAUGUACUUGAAAGACUACUACUUCAAAAACGCCAAAACGGCCAACUACUGGGCAUCUCUCGCGAAUGUGAGCGGCUUGCCGGUUGCAGAGGUAAUGGAUACAUGGACCAAACAGAUGGGUUAUCCGGUGCUGGACUUGACUGUCACAGAGGCAUAUACCAAACUGAGCCAAAAGCGUUUCCUCCUGGAUCCUAAAGCUGAUGCCAACCUCCCUCCUUCACUUCUUGGGUACAAGUGGACAAUUCCAGUCAAAUGGCAAUCUGUGAAAAGCAACAAGAAUAUGUUGGCAAUGUUUGACAAGAGCAGCGAUGAGCAUGUCAUCAGUAACUACUCACUCUCAGUGGAUGGGCUGCUGAAGGUUAACAAUGAUCACAUUGGAUUCUACAGAGUCAACUAUGACAACCACAUGUGGGACGCUAUUAGUCAACAACUUCAAAACAACCACUCUGAGUUUGAUGCAGCUGAUCGAACAAGCUACAUUGAGGAUGUUUUUGCUCUUGCAAGGGCAGACAUUACAGAUUAUGGGAAUGCCUUCAACCUUACUAAGUACCUGACAAAUGAGACUGACUACAUAGUCUGGGACCGUGUGGCCUCCUCUAUUGCUUAUGUUCGGGACAUGCUGUCAGGCAGUGCUGCACUCUACCCAAAGUUUCAGAAACUGUUUCGUGACCAUGUUAAAGCAAUCUCAACACAACUUGGAUGGAAUGAUGAAGGGACACAGACAGAGAGGUUACUGAGGGAGACUGUGCUUAGCAUCGCUUGUCAGAUGGGUGAUCAGGAGGCUCUGAAUGAAGCCUCUCGCAUUUUUGACCUGUGGAUUGAUGGAAGUCUCAGCAGUGUAGCUGUGAAUCUGAGACUGCUGGUCUAUCGCUAUGGCAUGAAGAACUCGGGCACCGAAGCAAAGUGGAACAUAAUGUUCCAGAGGUACAAAGAUACUUCUUUGGCUCAAGAGAAGGACAAGCUGUUGUAUGGACUGGCAUCUGUGGAGAAUGUGGCACUCCUCUCCAAGCUCCUGGAGGCUACUAAAAAUGAGAGUGUGGUGAGGAGUCAGGACCUGUUCACUGUGGUGCGAUAUGUGUCCUCUAACCCACUAGGGCAGAGCAUGGCCUGGGACUGGACCACACUCAACUGGUACUACCUGGUCAACAGAUACACCAUUAAUGACAGGAACCUUGGUCGCCUACUGAGUCGAAUCACCACCACCUACAACACAGAGCACCAGCUUUGGAAGAUGAUGCAUUUCUUCAGUAUAACACCGGAUGCUGGUGCUGGGGAGAUGCCACGACAGCAGGCGCUGGAGACAGUGAGGAACAACAUCGAAUGGAUCAGGAGGAAUGAGAACGAGAUCACUGGGUGGUUGGAGAAUAACCUCGCCUAAAACCUUGUAGGGAAACCGACACGCUGUCUCCAUCCAGAAGCAGAGUAUUCACAGUCACAGUAGAUAUGGUGGCCUAUUCCUGUUGUGUUGGAUUCAGUUUAGGUUCUGUUUGAAGGGACAAAGCUGCAGAUCUGAAUCAACAGUAAAUCAAAACAAAUACCCAAAUCCUUCCUCAUAAGCACUUAACAGUAGCAGAUUGCACACAUCAUAAAUUUUUUUAAGUCGAAGUCCCAUUUUGCAAAUAACUGUAGUCCACAAAAGUCUGCAUUCCACUUUCAGUCCAUUUAGCAGGUUUUAGCUGGUGGUUUUCAGCUUUAAAAGAUAUUUUGUUAAGUAUCUAGUCAUGUAGAGAUUCUCUACUGCUGUCACCAAUAUGAAUGCACACAAUAAGACUCUCACCGUUGUUGUCCUGUUGUGUAGGUAGGUAGCAUCAUUUGCCUUCUCUGAAGCACUUUCCUCUCUGUUUCUACUAACAAUCAUUUCUUCAUUUUUUGUACACAUCACCAGAAGGAUCUUUAAACAGCCCCUACUCCUCCUUGUACUUUAAACAUUUUUAUUAUUAAUAAUCAAUAUAUUCAAUAUGUUUCUAAACUAUUUUAACUCUAAAUUUUGUUUUCACUAAGUCACAACAAUAUUGUAUACAAUAUAUAUUGUAUUGAAUUGGAUUAAAAUAACUUUAAAUCUGUUGGAAUCAUCAGGAGCACAGAAACUGUGGCUUAAUGGCGUAGGUGCAUUGUACACCUGUGGCACAGCGAGUUUUCUCUCGCCACCACAGAGAGUGCAGCCAUGAUUGUUGGACCCACCUAUAUUAUAUCAUGAUGCAUUCUUCUUAAUCUCAUCUUGUUUCUUGGUGUGUAGCAUACAAAAACAAGUACACACUACUCUCUGAGCAUGUUGCUCACAUGGCACCGUGUGUGUUUAUUUGUAUUUUUAAACUAUAAUAGAAGUGUUGGAGUGUAGGACUUGCUGGAGUUGAAGAGUUGAAUGAAUAAAGUUUUAUUAAACUGA